CUAGUACCUACCUGUAACACCACGCACUGUGUACACAACACAUGUAUUUAGGAUAUUAAUCUUUUGAAAUGAAGGCAACUACAUAAAUACAUUUGUUGGAGGAUGGUGUGGAGGAUAUUUGAAUAUUCAGCUCUGAUCUCCUUAUUUUGUGUGAAUUCUGUUUUUACUAGUUCGUAUACAAUUGAUGUUGAUAAAAACGAAUGCAUGUACUACACAUCAUAUCAGAUCAAUCAGUUUGAGACGUAUGAAAUAGUGUGGCAUGGCUACUCGAUCACGGGUUGUGGGCUGGGCUUCUAUGCUGAAGGGGACGGCAUCUUCGCUAUCGAUGACUACAAGAUAUGUGUCAAACCUGUGGUCUGGAACAUGCACGACUGCGCUUCCCGACUCUACCUGAAAUACAACGAUGUCAAGAGUGUGUUUUGCCAUGAGAGAGAUCCCGACACCCACUGUAAUGACGCAGGCACUAAAUUGGACAUAGAAGUGAAAAUGCACGACUUGUUCGCCUGGAGAGUGAACACAACCAGCUUUACAUUGAAAGUCUACGCUAAGAAUACAACAUACUAUGGAGUGGGACUGGUCUCCGCUUGUACGUUACUGUUGAUUCUGAUCUUGGCGUUCUGUGUUCUAAUCAGGAAGCGACGUUCUAGUAGGGGACCUCGGCGUAGUUCAUCUUCUAUUUAUAGUCUUUCAGGGCAGACAACUCUUCCAAAAAGUCUUAAGUGCAAAAAGGAAUCGACAAUAUGAAUUACGUAUCAGGCGGACCCUCUCCGCCGCCAUAUACACCACGUGACGAUCUAUCUCCGCCGCCUUACUCUGAAGCAGAUCCCAACAAGGGAGACAAUCCUCUAUCACAUAUUUAGAUCUUUAUCAUUGUGCAGAUUGCAUUUUCUUUACUGUCUAUAUUGAUUUGCAGAUACAAUGUUAUCAAAUUCUG